AUGGAAGGAGAACAACCCAAAACGUCCCAAUCUGCUCCUAAGGCCAAAUCUGAUUCUCAGGAACCCAAUCCAUUUCAAUUGCAUAAAAGAGAUGACAAAUUUGUGCCAUCACAUCUUCAUCAAGAUAGAUACAUCCCACCUCCUCCAUACAUUCCACCGAUUCCAUUUCCAGGCCGUUUGAAGAAAGCAAAUCAAGAUAAGGCUUUUAAAGAGAUUUAUGAUAUUUUAAGUAAAGUUAAUAUCAAUUUGCCCUUGCUUGAUGUUGUUAAACAGAUUCCUGCAUAUGGAAAGUUCAUCAAUCACUUGAUGACUCACAAGCUCAAAUUUACUCCAAGUGAAGAAGUAAAGCUCAACAAGAAUGUGAGUGCUGUGUUGCAAAGGAAGCUUCCACCAAAACUAGAAGAUCCUGGCAGCUUUAACAUUCCCAUUAACAUUGGAGAUAAGGCGGUUGGAAGAGCCAUGUUGGACUUGGGAGCAAGCAUCAAUGUAAUGCCAUAUUCAGUUUAUCAAGCGCUUGGCUUAGAAGGGAUAAAGAAAACCUCAAUUCGUCUUGAACUAGCUGAUCAUUCCAUCAAAUAUCCAAGAGGUAUUGUAGAAGAUAUUUUAGUUCAAGUUAAUACACUCAUUCUUCCGGCUGAUUUUGUAGUGAUGGAUAUGGAGGAUAACCCAUAUGUAGGCCGUGUUGAUCCCAUUCUCCUCGGGCGACCAUUCAUGGCCACUGCAGACACAAUCAUCAAAGUGAAAGAUGGCACCCUCUCCAUGACUGUUUUGGGUGAAAAUGUUGAAUUUAAAGUGUUUGAUGCUCUGUCUCAACCUUCUAUCACUCUUGAUACUUGUUUUUCAAUUGAUGUUGUGGAUCAUGAGGUUUCUUCUAAAAUUGUGCAGAAAAAGUCUAAUGAGGCUUUGGAAGCGGUCCUAACACAAGAAGAGGAAGAUCUCUUUGAAUAA